CCAUGAAACUACUUCUUCUGGCUCUGUUUCUGAGCAUAUCCGCAAGUUGCCUUGCAGAAGAUAUAACAAAAAUUUCUGAAAGUCGAAUUCCGAAUGAGGAUGCUGUACCUGAUUAUGAAGCAAAAUGGAGGCUCGGAGCAAUUCAAAAAUUAUGGAAUGAACGACGAAAGAUGGGACACACACCAAUGACAAAAUUCAGUCCCCCUGGUUUCCCGAACGCCGACAUUUUCUUCAAAAAUGAAACUGCCACAGCUACGAGAACGUUGAAGCACAGAUUUGCAUGGGCUCUUCUUCUUUGGGCUAUUACAGAAGGAAAAGUGACUUCAAAAACAUCCGCUGUCUACGACUCAACAUCUGGUAAUACUGGGUCUGCUGAAGCCUACAUGUGUACUUUAGUCAAUGUCCCAUACUAUGCUGUCGUUGCUGAUAAUUUGGAAAAGGAGAAAGUCAAGCAAAUUGAGAGUUUCGGAGGAAAAAUUAUCAAGGUUCCUGUGGCUCUUCGCAAUGCAAAAGCUAAGGAAUUCGCCGACAAAAACCACGGAUUCUACAUGAAUCAAUUUGGAAACGCUGAAAAAGCUGAAGAAUUCCAUGAAAGUGGAGACUUUUAUUUUGAGUCCACAAAUGUCUAUCAUGAAAUUAUUGUUCAACUCAAAAAGGACAAAGAGCAAAUUGUCAAAAUCCCUGACUACUUUGUUCAUUCAGCAGGAACCGGUGGAACUAUUUCGUCAGUUGGCAGAUAUGUCGCUAGAUAUGGAGCACCUACAAAAGUCGUACUCUCCGAUUCUCAAUACUCUUUAUUCUACGAUUAUGUAAUUGGACAUAAAUUCACAAAUCAAUCUGGUGCAGGUAUUUGGACACCUCCAGGGAUUGCUGGAAUUGGUUACGGAUAUGAUAUUGAACCAGUGUGGUACGGAGAAACAACAAGUUUAACAAGAAAUGUAAUCCAUGAAGCCAUGAAAAUGCCUGAUAUUGCAUCAGUAGCUACAAUGAGAAUUCUCGAUGAAAAAGGUUAUAAUGUGGGACCGUCAACAUCACUCAACUUCCUUGUUUCUCUUUACAAAGCCUAUCAGAACAAAGCCAGAAAAUCUGCUAUCAAGCAUCGUCUUACGAUUGUUACACUGGCUUGUGACCCAGGAGAUUUCUACCGUAGUACGUACCUUAACAACGAAUGGGUCGAGAAAAGUUUCAAGAAGUUUGGAGGUGUUAUGGGAAUGGAAUGUUGGAAAAAGCUGAUUCAAGAAUCAAUUGAUACGGGUUCUGAUUUCUAUUCGAAAGGUCUCACUAUGUGUCCAGGAGCUUUUAAAGUUUAACUGUUUUGCAUUUCUGUGUUUUUGUGUCUCUCCGUAUUGUACAGGUUCGUAAUUGAUCAAUUUUAAAUUAGAUUGUUUUUUUCGAAAAUAGAACUCAUAGUUCCAGUGAUUAAGUCUAUUCCCGUGCAUGAGUUUUGUGCUUGCUUUGAUCUGUAUUCAAGUUUAAUUGAAUAAACUAUUUAUUAUUU